AUGGUCCGCAAGAUCUUGAUUGAUGAUCCCGAGUUCAUUUUCCCACUCUCUCUACAGCAAGUGACGCUGUAUAGGAGUAUGCAGGGCAAGACUGAGCUCCACAAGAGUGCGUCUAAAAGACAGAUGAAGGUGUUUUGGUGGAUUUUGCUGGGUACAUUUGUCUGGCAAUUCCUGCCAGAAUAUCUCUUCCCCUUUGUUGCCGCCCUUGCACCACUUUGCUGGUUUGCGAGCCGGAACCAUACUGUCAAUUUCUUGGGCGCUGGUCGGGGAGGCAUUGGGCUUCUCAAUAUUACGCUCAACUGGUCGAACAUCACAUCGACAGUUAUUACCUACCCGUACAGCGUCCAGGUCACCAUCUUUGUGGGAUUCGUUAUUACGACAUGGAUCUUAAUCCCGGUAGCGUAUUUCGGUAACCUUUGGGGCUCACCAACAUAUGAUAUCAUGUCAAAUGGUGUAUUCCAGAAGAACGGCUCCUCAUAUCCUUUUGAGUCUCUGAUUUACACGGACUCAAGUGGUAUUCAGCACGUUAACGAGACAGCAUAUCAUGAGGUUGGCCUUGCUUACUCUGGUGCACAGUAUACCUGGGAGAUCUUCAUGUGGUAUGCGUCGUACAUCUCAUCUUUCGUCUGGUGUGCCCUGUUUCUAGGCCCAAAGGUUGCGAAGAUAUGGAAAGCGAGGAAGGCCGAGGGCGAAUCCCACCAGGACCGCUUGAGGGAAUGGGCUGUUUUGACUAUAGUACCCAUUGGUAUCCUGCUGGUUAUCGUUGCGACUAAGUCUGUUUGGAUGCCCACCUGGACUUAUUUCGUCGCUCUCGGUUUCGGUGGUGCAGCUAUGCUUCCCAUGAGUCUGGUGUACGCCAUGUCGGGCUAUUCGAUCAAAGUUGGCUUCUUCAAUGAACUCAUCUAUGGGUAUAUGAUCGAUGCUCCAGGAUCAUCUCGACACCCUCUUGGUCAACUUGCAUAUCGCAUCAUUUCCGGCAACGUUUGGUACGAUGCUCGCACGGUUCUGGAGGACCAGAAAGUCAUCGGUAUUCAAAUCAUCGCAAAUAUGCUCGCUCUGCCCAUCAACUACGGCGUCAUGCGCUGGGUUAUUGCUUCCAAGUUUGACUACGUAAGCGGUCGAAUCCCGGAUCCCCAGGGACAGUGGACGGGUCAAGAAUUCAAAAGCUAUAAUACUGCCGGCAUCCAAUAUGCUCUCGUGGGUCCUAAGAAGCUAUUCGCAUCAUCGUUUUUCAAACCUGUACUAUACGGCUUUCCUGCCGGUGCUAUUGCACCCAUCAUCAUUUGGCUGCUGCACAAGAAGUUCCCUAAAGCCCGGUUCGACCUUUGGAACUCGACAAUCUUCUUUGCCAGCGCCGCCACUUUCCAUGGAAAUCUUAGUACCGGGCCUUUUACCACUUUCCUUGUUGGAACAUUCUUUAACUUCUACCUUUACCGUUAUAGGCGCGCGUUCUGGAACAAAUGGGCAUACAUUAGUGGUGCAGCCCUGGACACUGGGUUCAAUGCCAACUUGUUGUUCAUCUUCAUCUUUCUUGGCACGACGGGUGUUGUCAUGGUAAAAUGGUGGGGGAAUAACGCAGAUAACAUCGAGAGAUGCUUUGCUCUGAAGAAGUAG